GCGCUGUGCCAGUCUGAUCCACGCGGUGAGGGCGGGUGGAUCAGGAAGUCAGGCAGGCAGAGACUACAUUGGCUGUUUUUCGAGUCAAUUAAUUUCGACUCCAGUUAUUUUGAACUUUGAGAAGGGUGCCGUGAAACACAACAGAAUGGCUGACUAUCUGAUCUGCGGAGGAACAAGCUACGUUCCCGAAGAUGGCAACACCGGGGCUCAGAUGUUCGCUUCAGGGGAAGGCCUCACCUACCAAGACUUCAUUAUCCUUCCUGGUUUCAUUGACUUCACAGCUGAUGAAGUGGACCUGACUUCUGCCCUGACCAAGAAAAUAAGUCUGAAAGCCCCACUGGUGUCCUCCCCAAUGGACACAGUCACAGAGUCCGAAAUGGCUAUUGCUAUGGCACUUUGUGGUGGCAUUGGUAUCAUCCAUCACAACUGUAAUCCAGAUAUCCAGGCCCAGGAAGUGAUGAAGGUCAAGAAAUACAAACAUGGAUUCAUCCGUGAUCCUGUUUGCCUCACUCCUGACCACAGGGUGAGUGAUGUAUUUGAAGUGAAGAAGCGUCAUGGGUUUGGUGGCAUCCCCAUCACAGAGGAUGGCAAGAUGGGCAGUCGACUGAUGGGUAUUGUCACUUCCCGAGACAUUGACUUCCUGGAGCCCAAUUCAGACAAGCUGCUUUCUGAGAUCAUGACUCCCUUUGAUGAUCUGGUCACUGCUCCAGCCGGAGUCAGUUUGGACAAGGCCAAUGAAAUAUUACAAAGAUCCAAAAAAGGGAAGUUGCCCAUCAUCAAUGAACACUUUGAGUUGGUGGCCCUCAUAGCACGGACGGAUCUUAAGAAGUCUAGGAACUUCCCUAAUGCUUCUUACGAUGCCAACAAUCAGCUCUUGGUUGGAGCUGCCAUUGGUACCCGAGAGACUGACAAAGUGAGGCUGCAGAUGCUGGUCCAUGCAGGAGUGGAUGUGGUAGUUUUGGACUCCUCACAAGGUAACUCCAUCUACCAGAUCAACCUGAUCCGUUACAUCAAGAGCACCUAUCCAGAACUACAGAUCAUUGGUGGCAAUGUUGUGACAGCAGCACAGGCCAAGAACUUGAUAGAUGCAGGAGUGGAUGGGCUGAGGGUUGGUAUGGGGGCUGGCUCCAUCUGCAUCACACAGGAGGUCAUGGCUGUAGGCAGGCCACAAGCCACUGCUGUCUACAAGGUCGCAGAAUAUGCUCGGAGGUUUGGUGUGCCAGUCAUGGCUGAUGGAGGAAUUAGCUCUGUAGGUCACAUCAUCAAGGCUUUGUCCCUUGGUGCCUCCACAGUGAUGAUGGGCUCGAUGCUGGCGGGAACAUCAGAGGCACCCGGGGAAUACUUCUUCAGCAAUGGAGUGCGUCUGAAGAAGUACCGUGGCAUGGGUUCCCUUGAGGCUAUGGAGUGUAAGGGUAACAGUGGUGGUGCUGCCGACAGAUAUUUCCAUGGGGAAGGAGACACUAUCAAGGUGGCACAAGGAGUGAGUGGUUCCAUUGUCGACAAGGGUUCCAUCCUUCGCUUCCUCCCAUACCUGGUGUCUGGCAUCCAACACGGCUGUCAGGACAUCGGCUCCAAGUCUUGCUCCAUGCUCAGUGAGUGGAAACAAGAAAACUUGGAGCUCGUUUCCUGAGGUCACCGUGAGUCACAAGAGAGGGCCAUGCUGUAUAGUGGCGAGCUGAAACUUGAGCGUCGCACUAUUUCGGCCCAGAAAGAGGGCACCGUCCACAGCAUGUACUCCUACGAGAAGAGGCUGUACUAAUCAACCGGGGAAUCUCACGUUGUGCUGUGAUGUUUGCUGUCCUGUUGUACUGCCACCAAUAACAUAAACUGACACAAACCAUGUACCGUUAGUCCCAAUGUACUUAGUGCUGCCACCACCUGUUGUACUACUACUUCCUCUCCUCUUUUAGUGAUAUGCCACCAACCUGUGUCCUGACAGUGUACAAUAAGACAGUCAUCCACAACCCAAACUUAAGAAAGGUCAUUGACUUGUUACUUAAAUAAUGUGUAAUCAAAAUUCAUUAAAAGUUUCAGUGAUUCUGAUGUACAGUAAUUAAUGUAGUACAUGAUAAUAUGUACAAUUCUGUGGUGAACAGUUUUCUGUCUGGCAGCUAAGUGCUGUAGUGUCAGAAAUGCUUCUGUUGUUGGCCAUGCUCUUGACUUGUGAUUUCCUCUUCCUCGCAUAAUACACAGUAGUCCAACCAACUCAUCCCAUCUGCAGGUUCUACUUCUUCACCCUUUUCUGUCUUUACAUUUCACAAACUUACCAAAGCUUAUUAAGCAUUUUCACUAGAGACAUAUUUUGUAUCUCUAAAAUACCAAUGAAGAUACCAGACAUGUAUUCUUCAUACUUUUCUAUUCUUUUUUACUACCAAAAUAUCUGUACUUAAACUUGCCUAGUGUUUUUUUACCUAUUUCUUCCUUUUAUUUAUCUAAUAUAGAGUACUUGGUUAUUGUUUGUUUUGAGAAGUUUACGAGAAUAUUGAGUUUUGGUAUCUGAAUCCCAUUUGAUCUUAACGUAUUUAUUAGAGAACAAAAUACACACACAGUUAACCAUCUCGUGGCAUUAUACUGACUGAUAUGUAUCUUUGACUGCAGCUGGUGUGAGCUGUGACCAGUGUUUUUGUGCUACUUUGUCUAUGUGUUGUUAGUUGCAUGGAAGUUGAUUGGUUAGAAAAGUAUCUCAUCUAGAACACAUCAAACUCUCAAAUCAGAAAAAACGAAUUCCAAAAACAUGGCAAAAAAGACAAAAUAUUAAUGAAGAGUAAUCUUUAGUGGUGAAAGUUACAUGAAUGAUGAUGCAGUUGAAAGUGUUCACUCUUAAAGUCCUUAUUCUUCACAUGAAAGUUCAAAGACAAUGUUCCCAUGUCUUAUGAAAGAAGUUUUAUGCAUCUCCUAUUUCUAUACUAAGACACUAAUUAGUGUCUCAAAAUAAUGUUACCUGCAGAGAAUACAAUCAAAAGGUAAUAAUAAUGAUGGUGCUUUCGUAAAAACUUUAAUUUGUAUUUUGUUUUGAGAGAUUGCAGUGUACUUGUAGGAUAGGAUGUGAAUGAUGUUAGCAGUACCACUUCAUUAGGACAGUGUCAAUCCACUUGAAUCCGAUUAGAGUACAAAGUCGGUGAAGUUACUUGGCUGAUCAUAUCAGUGACUACCUACAUAAGAUGACAGAGUUUUUUGUCAUUUAUAUUGUACUGAACACUUCGUUGAUAUAACUUUUAUGUGAUGCCCUACCACAAUCCAUAAGGAACAUUAGGCUCCUGUCUGUGCCAACAUAAUAGUUAUAGCUCACCUGUGUGUCAACAGUUGUGGGUUGUACCUCUAAUAUUGUGCUGUGUAAAGUUAUUAUCAGGGAUUUCAAAUGUUUUACAGUGUUGUAUGUGUACUUUUGAUAUUUCCUUAUCCAUAUACAUUCGUGUUUUAUUGUGGUAUACUGAAAUAUGCAUCAAAGAUUUUAAGAGCUAAUUAUGUAAGAUGUUUUUGCAUUUGCAAGCCUCAAAAAAUGAAAGACUAUAUUUACCACAUUCCAGAUGAUACUGAAGCACCAUUACUCUUUUUCUUAUACAGAAAUUUAUAAUGCAGUAGAUACUCAGUGCAAUAAAUCAGCCAGUUUGUCCUUAUGUAAUACAGAAUUUGAAGCUAUGAUAAAUUGGAGGAGUCUUAUGUUGACUCCAGAAUCUGCCUAACAAUUCCUAACAUAUUCCUGCCAUCUACUUUGUUUAUUCCUCUAACAUUAGUUCACAAGAUAAUAUGUUUUUACAACAUCUUAGUACUGAUAUUUAUUCUUUAAAUAUGAUAGUGAAGACAAACUUCCAGUAAAAUUGUUUUAUUGAUAAGAGGUAUGUGAAUAUAUUUGUUGAUGGCUGAUUUUUUGCUUUUUAAUUUGCAUAUUGUAAAAUACAUGUAACAAAGUAGGUACAUGUUUUAUCAUGUGUCAUUCAGGCAACCCAAACAUCUUUUGCAUUAUUAUUGUAUAUUGGUCAUUGCAUAGGUUAUGGAAGCCAGGUGGUAUAAUUUGUAUAUGAAUAUGAAUAUGAUCUCAUCUCAGUUAGAUGAUGUAAUAAUUUUGGUUGAUGCAGAAAUAUUCCAGAAAAAUGUAGCUUCAAGGAGAUGA